UUUUUCUCUCGUCGUUCGCUGGUGACCGUUGUUGCUCUGCAGGAAUCCAUUUUGUGGGUGAAUCAAAGCCAAGAAAACUGGAGUUGCGGCUUGAAAAAAACGAAAAAAAGACGCGCCAGGCCUAAAGUGCAGCUUAAGUAGUGGAAAACACAAGGAAAGUGCGGUGGAAAAGCGAAAAAACGCGGACCAGUAACGCCGCAGAAAAGUGGAAAAAAAAGGCUACCGAGUACCGAGUACACCGAGUGGUGGAGUGAGUGGGAGCUGGGAAGAGCCCGCAAGUGGUGGGUGUUCUGCCCUGGUGUGAGUGAGUUGCUCCAAAUUCGCGGCGUCGGCGCAGGAACUCGACUCAGGGGCUCUUUCUCUUCUGGUGAACGGAACAGGAUAUUUUAUUAUACUGAAAUUCGUACGCAGGAAAUUCGCAUAGUUGUGAAAGCUUCGUGCUGGCACACGGACGGAGUUCGCAUUCCGCUGCUGGCCUCUCCGCACCCGCACCCGCACCCGCACUCACCCGCGCGCACUCUCACUCGUCGUCCCCCAUCGGCCCAAAGCGAUACUCGGCCAAAAAUCAAUUUGGGCAAGAUAAGCGCCUGGCGCUGUAUACAAGUAGUGGCAGCUUUUCCCUCGAAACAUGCUGAAAUUAACUCAUAAAUUGCGAAAAAAAAGCCGCAGCAAAAAAGCGACUGCUGCGGUCGGCACCAAUUUGUGAAACCCAACGGGCAACGAAACGCAACGAACGCGAGGAGAGAGGAAGCGCAGCAAAGGAUGCAAGGAUGUACUUUCAAGUCAAUGACCACCGAACCAGCUAUUUAUCUUCACCAGCUUCAAGGACCACAACGUAGCCACCAGCCUCGCAUCUCGGCAUUUGUGCAUUUAGAGUUAUCUCACUGCCGCAGCAUCGGCGGAAGGAAAACCCAAAUCGGAGCUACAACUAUUAAGUAUACGAGCAGGCCAGCGCCACUGCAAAGAGUGGACUAGCUGCGGCCCAGAGAGCGAGAGAGCGAGUGCAUCCUCCACAUUACAGCGGCCCACUUACAACUUUUCCUCCUCCGUCUAAUCGGCUCCUGCUCCGGGUCCGGCUCCUGCUCCUCCCGCUGCCACCAAGUUGUUGUCAUUCGCAAUUUGUGAUCUCAUGUUUUCAUAACUCGGGCGGCCGCUGGCACGGAUUGAAGGAAGAACGUCGAGCGUCGGGCGCCAGUUCCUGCUCCAAACUGCAGGAACCCACAACGAGCAACGAAUAAAUCGAACUUGCAUUUUUAUACCGUAUUUUUGUAAGAAUCCAACUAAUCGGAACGUGUUCAGCAUACAACCACAUGCCAUCGAAUCCAACUCGGUUUGGAAGAGAAGUCAACCGAGCGGGCAAUUAACGAGUUGCCUUCAAACGAACCCCCACCACCCCACAGGCGGCGCGCAGAAGGAUACUCCCCAACCGGAUCCCCACUAAUAAAUGCAGUGGAAGAAGAAGUUUACUCGAUUAAAAGCGGCUACUGGAAAUUCGCGUGUGCGAAGAAUGCUUUGUUGUGGACGUAGAAAGGAGAAUGGAAGAUCAGUUCCUGAUGUCACUGCCAGUCCGGGUAGAGCACCGCCCGGCCCGCUGCCAGCCAAUCAGCUAUCCUCGCUGGGCAACCAACAGCCGCACCAUGGGAACCAGCAGCAUCAGCAGCACCAUGGAAACCAUGCCAACCAGCAGCACCACGGCAACCACCGCGGCCAUAGCGGCAGUCUAUCAAACGCAGUGGGCGCCAAGGAUCCAGUGCUGUUGCAGGGCGACUUCCGCAAGGUCAGCGGCAUCAGCUCGGAGAUCUUUCGCCAGAUAGAGGCCGUCGAGAAUGACCACGACCCGAACACGGCGGCGGCCCUGGAAGCGGUGGAGCGGCGCGGAGAGAUGAUAGUGCGCAUCCUGGAGCCCCGGUGCAUGGGCAGCAAGCCGGCGGUGGACGCAGCCCACAAACUGAUGAACAAGGCCGAUGGGCGGCACACGGUUCAACUGGUGGAAAUCGUGAAGCGCCCCGGCCAGACCCUGGGUCUGUACAUCCGUGAAGGCAACGGAGCCGAUCGCACCGAUGGCGUGUUCAUCUCCAGGAUAGCGUUAGAGUCUGCCGUUUACAACAGCGGCUGCUUGAGGGUGGGUGAUGAAAUCUUGGCGGUCAACCUGGUGGACGUCACCCACAUGUCGUUAGACGAUGUCGUUAUCAUCAUGUCAAUUCCACGCCGGCUGGUGUUGGCCAUUCGGCAGAGGCGCGGCAACCGAGGCACCGGCUCUCCGGGACCUCCAACGCUUUCCAGGCCGGAGCAGAAGCCCCCACCGGUGGUGGUAAUCAAACGGGAUCUGCGCGACGAGGACCUGGACGAGACGGAUCGGAUGCCGAGGCCGCGAUCAUCACGUGAUAGACGUACAGGUAGUGACGGUCGCGAGAUGACGGAGUCCCGGUCCCGCCUGGGUCUGGGUCUGAACAACUACAGUCCGCAGUCGGAGCAGCUGGACAUGUACUACAAUACGCGAGGUGGCGGCGGAGGAGGGCCAAUGGGAGAGCCUCCGAACUGGGGCUACAAGCCACCACCCCCUCCAUCAUCCGUGAUUACGGAGCAGCCCACAAAAGGACACGCCUUUGCGCCAUCGCAUGCCUACUACCAAAAUGCUGGAACUCUGGAGAGUUUAGCGGAGAAGGUGCACGCCUUUUACCCGGGAGCACCCGGUGGUCCACCAGUUGGGCCCUCCCGCCGGAUGUCCACCGGCACCGGCAACGUGGGUCUGGCCCAACAGCACGCCAGGUUUCCUCGAUCGGGCUCGGAUCAGCACCUCCCCCGCGUCGAAUAUGCAGACUACUCGAACUCCCUGGGCCGCCACUCAUUGCUCCGUUCCAGCUUAAAGCCAGGAACGGCAGGAGGAGCUCCAUUACCAGUGGGCGUAGGUGGUACAUUGGGCCGAUAUGGCCGCUACGAUCAGCAGCGAAGUGCCGGUGUCUCCAAGUACGGUCCCCCGGCUGCAGGAGCCCAGUCUCUGACUCGCCGCUCUAGGCCGAAUCUGGACUACUCCAGUGACACAGAGGCUACGAUUGGUCCGCGACCGAGCUACUACUACUACAACCGCCCCGCCAUCGCAAGCAUGCCAAGAGGAUCGGGGGGUGCCGGAGGAGGAGCAGCCGCCGCCGCAGCCAUGCUGGCAGCGGAUCACCUUAACAAAUUCAACUCGCUGCCCCGCGAGCGACCCGGUGUCCGGCUGCAGGGAAUGCGAUCGCGAAUCGGCGAUCGUCUUGUGGACGAAAACGAUGGCAACACUUCGGCACCGGAGUUCGACGCGCGGCGGGGAAGGGAUCUGCGCCAAAGAAUCACUGCCAGCCCGUCAAUAUUCACGGCGGACGAGUACCGCGCCUGGCUGAGGAGGGCGCCGAGCAGCUCAGCCAUUGCGGAGCAGAUGCGGAUGACGCGAGACAUGUUUGCCCAGCCAAGAGCCCAGAGGUUCUCGUGCAGUGCCGAAAACAUCCACGAUGUGCUGAGAAAUACGGAAAGCAUCUACUCGAGCAGGAACCACAUCCUCGGCACCGGCACUUUGGACCGCAACAUGGGCCUUACCCGCCCAAUCUCGGCGCUGCCAGUAAGAUCUAUGUCCUCGCAGCAUAUCGGCGGCGCAGGUUCAAUCCGCUCGCCCAGCAUCCGCCGCAUGCGGCAGCUGCUGGAGCUCUCCGCUGGACCGGCCAGUCCUAGUGGCAGCAUAAUGAGCACUGGAGGCCACCAAAGUCCUGCGCCAACGCCAAGUGCUACACUGCCGCGUCCCCAUCGCCAGAUCGACAUCAACCCGGCGGAGUUUGCAAAGUACAAGCUGGACAAGCCCAUCGUAGACAUGGGAGGUGUCUCCGGCAUGCUAUGGAUUCACCUUCUGGCUGGUCGCGGCUUGAGAACCGCUCCAGAAGGAGUAGGUCCGGCCGGAGCCGCCCCGCCGGGACAAACCCGAGAUCUCUACUGCGUAAUCGAGUGCGAUCGCGUGCACAAAGCUCGCACAGUAGUGCGCUCUGGUGACCUCCAGUUCGACUGGGACGAGUCCUUCGAGCUGGACUUGGUGGGCAACAAGCAGCUGGACGUGCUGGUUUACUCGUGGGACCCGCAGCACAGGCACAAACUGUGCUACCGCGGCGCCAUCUCGCUGUCCGCCAUCCUGAGGCAGUCUCCCUUGCAUCAACUGGCCCUCAAGGUGGAGCCCAGGGGCACCAUCUACAUCCGAAUGCGCCACACGGAUCCCCUUGCCCUCUACAAGCGUCGCGGACUGCCCAGCUUACGAGCCGGUUACCCGACUCUCUUCGGAGCCGACCUGGAGUCGGUUGUCAAUCGAGAGUCUAAGGGUGCGCCCGGCUGUGCACCAGUGCCCAUUGUUCUGCGGCGCUGCGUCGAGGAGGUGGAACGUCGGGGCCUAGACAUAAUCGGGCUGUAUAGAUUGUGCGGAUCCGCCACUAAGAAGCGACUGCUGCGCGAGGCCUUCGAGCGCAACAGCCGCGCAGUGGAAUUGAGCCCGGAGCAUGUUCCUGACAUCAAUGUCAUCACCGGGGUGCUCAAGGACUACCUCAGGGAGCUUCCAGAGCCACUGUUCACACGAUGUCUUUUCCAAAUGACGGUGGAUGCUUUGGCUGUGUGCCUGCCAGAUGACCCAGAGGGCAAUGCGAAACUUAUGCUCAGCAUCCUCGACUGUCUGCCGCGGGCGAACCGGGCAACGCUGGUGUUCCUGCUUGACCACUUGUCGCUGGUGGUGUCGAACUCGGAGCGGAACAAGAUGUCCGCCCAGGCGCUCGCCACAGUGAUGGGCCCCCCGCUGAUGCUGCAUUCGGCGAGUGCGCAACCGGGCGCUGACAUUGAUCACGCCCAGCCGAUCGCGGUGCUGAAGUAUCUUCUCCAGAUCUGGCCGCAGCCGCAGGCGCAGCAUCAGCAGCUGGCGCAGCACAUGGCCGGCGCUACAGGGGCGAUGCUGUCCGGCAUGGCCACCGCCGGCAGCAUGAGCAAUAUGGCUGGCGUUGCUUCAGGUCGGCGCGGCGAGUCAACAGGGCAGCGUGGAAGCAAAGUCAGUGCGUUGCCAGCGGACAGACAGGCACUCCUUCUGCAGCAGCAGGCGCAGCUCAUGGCGGCGGGCAACCUACUGCGCUCGUCCACUUCGGUAACCAACAUACUCUCCCAAGGCCAUCCUCAGCUCUCAGCCACAGCCAACAGUCAUCUGUAUCAAUCAGUAGUGGGUCAGUUAGCUCAAUCGCAUCGAGCCUUGCAACAAGCGGUGCAACAGCCCUAUCAAUUGGGGGCCUCAGUGGGCUCAGCAAUUCCCGACCCAUCGCCACUGCCACUUCCCGGCACACCCUCCCCCGGCAGUAGUUCGGCCUCGACAGGAUCGGGCUCCGGAUCGGGAUCGGGAAAAAGCACGGAUACCAUCAAACGCGGCGCCUCGCCCGUCUCCGUCAAGCAAGUCAAGAUCAUCGACCAGCCGGCCAGCCCUUACUCCAUCGUGCAGAAGAAGCCUCCGCUGCAGAAGGACGCGCCUGUGGACAUCAUAACGCCCACCACCAAAUCGGAUACCACCUCAGGUUUGGGCAGUAAGGAAAACGGAGGGCCAAUGUCCUCCCAUAAGUCGAACCUAGAAUUUUAUGAAACGCACAAGACGCAGGCCCCAGAACUAGGCGCAUACAGCUCCAAGUACUCCAGUCUGGACGCCAAAAAGAGCAACUACGGGAGCAACAGCUACACACCAAGCAAGUCUGGCGGCAGUGGCCUCUCCGCUGCCGAGGACUACAAGGCUAUGAGGAACAAGUCAAGUGCCACUUCGAGCUCCAGCUCCUCCCAGGCAACUGUGCUUAGUGCGGGGUCCACGGCCACAUCGGCUCCGACAACCUCCUCUGAUGACUCGGAUGACUUAGUGUCCUACAAGUCCUCAGCCUCCACGAACGCCCUGCUGGCCCAAUCGCAGGCUAUGACCACCAGUCAGCUGAUGUCCAAGUAUCUGAAGCGGGAACCGCGGGUGCAAUUUACUCCGAUCAAGUCUCCAGACUCGCCGUCUCCGCCAGGAGGUGGCGAUGGACUGCCAAAGGGCACCUACCAGCUGGUUACACCCACUUCCAGUGGUCCAUCUAGCAAGCCGGGAGUCACCACCGGAGCGAUCAGCAAGUACACUACAAACUCCAGCACGACGGACUCGAGCCAAAAGAUGUCCUCCCCCUCACGACUGUCCAGUGCAAAGGAUAGCAAGAACACCACAAACUCCACCAGCACCUCUUCAUCCUUGGUAUCCACGGGAAGGAGACUAUUCGACAGCCUUGCCUCAUCCUCUUCAUCGGAGACGGAGACCAAGACCUACAUUGGAGGCGCCGCAAACGACAUUAGGAGCGGAGUAAGCAGUAGUAGUAAGUCGGGAAUAGGGACGUCCUCUGGGACUGGCUCCGAGCCUAAAAGUUACGGAAGCACGCUCUUCGGGAGCAGCGGCUUAGGGAACGGAAACCACUCCAGCUCCACCACCAAAGGCAACGGGAACCACAAUGCCAUGCAUCUAUAUGGAACUCUUCCCAAGAAUGGAGUUUCCACGGGGGCAGCUCUGUUCGGGAGCUCGGCCAGUAGCUCCUCGUACCACUCAGGGGGAGGAAGUGCGGGUUCUAGUGGAGCAGGCACAGCUAGCAGCAGUGGCGUAAGCUCCAUGACGGGUUCCACCAACAGCUACGACUUUUAUACUAGCAGUUCCAACAGCAGUAGCACCCGUCCCUUUGCCAACGGGGGUAAUAACUACCACACGCUGGGAACCUACCGGGCGCAGUAUGCGGCGACUAAUCCGUUUCUGGACGCCUUUGACGAGAAGCCGGGCUCCGGCAGCAGCAACGGCAAGGAGAAGAUAGCGGGGGACAAGAUAGGCGUAGCUAGUGCCCACCAGAGAGCUCCUGGAUUGUCGUCCCUCGGCUCUUCGUCUGGGGAUUCGAAGAACGGAAGUGACGAGUACGACGACAUAAAGUGAGCCAAAGCGAGUCAGAAGGCUCUGGGUGGUUGGGGGCAUCAGAAGGAAAGGCAACUGCACCUAUGUGCGUCGUUAAAAACCAAUCUUAUUGAUUAUCGAUAAAAUAAAAGAACUCCAAACAUCUGCUCCCCUUUGAGGUGCAAGUGUUCGGCUAGCAGAGGAGACAGAAUGCAGGUUAAUUUCACCAAUAGCAUUUGUAAAUAAAGAACAUAAAUUUCGAUGA